AUCAGCUGUCUAUUUUGAGUCAAAAGGUAUUUGAUCAAAUUUGAUUGGCGGGUAUUGAACCCUCCAUUUUACAUCCUGAGAGCCAAUAACUGACACAAAAAAUGGGGGAUUUGUAUGCCUUGGAUUUUGAUGGAGUUCUCUGCGAUAGUUGUGGAGAAAGCUCUCUUUCUGCUCUUAAGGCUGCUAAAGUGAGAUGGCCUAGUCUUUUCAAUGGGGUGGACUCUUCUUUGGAAGAUUGGAUUGUAGAUCAGAUGCAUGUGGUUAGACCUGUAGUGGAAACUGGAUAUGAAAAUCUCUUACUAGUGAGGUUGCUCCUGGAGUCGAGAAUCCCUUCUAUUCGCAAGUCUUCGGUUGCAGAGGGACUAACAGUUGAGGGAAUACUUGAGAACUGGGCAAAGAUUAAACCCAUUAUAAUGGCAGAAUGGAACGAAGACAGGGAUUUUCUUAUAGAUCUUUUCGGUAAGGUUAGAGAUGAAUGGAUGGACAAUGAUUUGGCUACUUGGAUAGGGGCAAACAGGUUUUAUCCUGGUGUUCCUGAUGCACUGAAAUUUGCAAGUUCAAAGCUUUACAUAGUCACUACGAAGCAGAGCCGCUUUGCAGAUGCAUUACUUAAAGGGAUUGCUGGGAUAAUUAUUCCAGCUGAAAGGAUCUAUGGUCUCGGCACUGGACCUAAAGUAAAAGUGCUUAAGCAACUUCAGGAAAUGCCGGAACACCAGGGUCUGAAACUACAUUUUGUGGAAGACCGGCUUGCUACUUUAAAGAAUGUGAUUAAAGAGUCCGAGUUGGAUGGAUGGAACUUGUAUCUAGGGGACUGGGGUUACAAUACUCAAAAGGAGAGGGAGGAAGCUGCUGGCAUUUCCAGAAUUCGUGUUCUCGAGCUCUCUGACUUCAGCAAUAAGCUGAAAUGAUACUGUAUUCUUUCACUUAACUUGCAUUCUUUUAAUAGCUGAGAGGGUCUACUGCAAUAUCCUCCGUUAUCGAUAAUCUUUUAUUACAGAAUUAUGGAUUUAUACACAAUCUAGUUUGUGGGAUGGUUUAUAUUA